AAAAAAAUAAAAAAUAAAAAAUCUGCCGUACUGUUGAUCGCCGGAUUGAUGCGAGAGAGGGCGUCCCGUCGUUCGCCGCGAAACGCGUCUGGCAUCUCCUCCCGGUCCGCCCCCCAUGAAACUCUCUCCUCCCUCCCAUCUCUCUCUCUCUCCUCCGACUCCUCUCUUCCACCCAUCUUAGAAUUUAUUUCACAUUCUCUCUUCAUUCUAGAGUCCCCCAUCUUCCUCUUCCUCUGUCUCUCUCCCUCUGUCUCUGAUAUUUGCAUAGCUCGCUCUUUUUCUCUCUGUCUGUAUCUCUGCGUGUUUUUGUUCGUCUUCAUGGAUUCAGCACAGGAUGGAACUGACAGGCGCAGAGUCACGAUCGUGGGCAGUGGCAACUGGGGCAGUGUCGCCGCUAAGCUCGUCGCCUCCAACACCCUCAAACUUGCCUCUUUCCACGAUGAAGUGAAGAUGUGGGUGUUCGAGGAGACAUUGCCGAACGGCGAGAAACUCACAGAGGUCAUCAACCGUGACAAUGAGAAUGUUAAGUACCUUCCUGGGAUCAAGCUUGGUGAAAAUGUUAUUGCCGACCCAGACCUUGAAAAUGCAGCAAAGGAUGCAGACAUGUUGGUGUUUGUGACUCCACAUCAAUUCAUUGACGGGAUAUGCAAGAGGAUUGCUGGGAAGCUAAAGCCGGAGGUGGAGGCCAUUUCCCUCAUCAAAGGUAUGGAGGUCAAGACAGAAGGCCCAUCCAUGAUCUCAAAGGUCGUCUCAGAGAAGCUUGGAAUCAAUUGUUGCGUUCUAAUGGGAGCGAACAUCGCUAAUGAGAUUGCUGUGGAGAAGUUCAGUGAAGCAACAGUCGGAUACCGAGAUAACAAAGAUAUUGCAGAGAGAUGGGUUCAGCUGUUCACCACUCCCCAUUUCAUAGUUUCAUCAGUCCAGGAUGUUGAAGGAGUUGAAUUAUGUGGGACUUUGAAAAAUGUAGUGGCCAUAGCUGCAGGUUUUGUGGAUGGCUUGGAUAUGGGUAAUAAUACCAAGGCUGCAAUAAUGAGAAUAGGUCUGAUAGAGAUGAAGGCCUUCUCGAAGCUGAUGUUUUCAUCUGUUAGGGACAGCACCUUCUUUGAGAGCUGUGGUGUAGCUGAUCUCAUCACAACAUGCUUGGGAGGAAGAAACAGGAAAGUUGCAGAGGCUUUCGCUAAGAAUGGCGGGAAAAGGUCUUUUGAUGAGCUUGAAGCAGAGAUGCUGAACGGCCAAAAGUUACAGGGUGUCUUAACGGCAAAAGAGGUUUACGAGGUUUUAAAACACCAUGGAUGGGUGGAGAAAUUCCCUCUCUUUGCAACAGUGCAUGAGAUCUGCAUUGGUCAUCUUCCACCAUCUGCCGUAGUUGGAUACAGCGAGAACAGGCCAAGACUGUGACUAGUCGAAGGCUCAACACUCAGCAAUUUUGACCCUUCAGAUAAAUUAAAAUAUUCACAUUCAAAUGUAAGGAUAUAUAUACACACAUAUAAAUAUAUUCCAUUCAAAUUUGUGCAUUAGAUUAGGCCAAAGGCAUAAAAUUAAGGAAAUUUUGACAUACGAAGCGUUCUUGUAUUUUAAGUUUUCUUUUGGCAGACUCUGAAGGUACUUGGUUUCCUUGUUUGUUGUCUCUGCUUUUUUGUUAAUGUAUGCAUUUGAGAGAGAGAGAGAGAGAGUUUUGCAUUUGGG